UUUCAUCUUUGGUGCCGGGGUGAGAUUGCGACAAUUAAAGACAAUUGUGUUGAAUUGAAACUCUCCCCUGAACUCAUAUUUUCAGAUCGGUAAAAGAAUAAAAAUAAAAAUUGAAUCCACAUGACGAAGCCAUCACGCCAUAUCUGAGAUAACCCUCCUGUUUUCAUCAUUAUGAUAUAUAUGCUAUAAUUAUUAUCCAUUCUGCAAGAUCUGAAAAAAACCCUGAAAAGUAAAGAAAUCGAAUUUCUUUUUGUUUGUUGUGAAUUGAAAUUGAUGGUGCGAAAAGAGUGAUUAUUUAGAGGAUAGUAAUUUGUGUGUGUGUUUUCAAGGGGUUUUUGUCAGAUUCAAUUGGUAACAAACGGAAGAUAGGGGAUUUAUUUUAGGGUUUCGGAUUGGUUUUGUGCUUUUGUAGUAUGUAAGUAUAAAGGGAUCCGGUAAACCAGUUAAAUCCCCUUCUUCAUCGUCUAAUAAUUCUUCUUCAUCCCAAAUGUCUUCGUCUCUAUCUGGACUCAGGAAGAAGCAUGAAAUAGAAAUAGAAAAUUUGACUUUAACAUCACAACCAUUUAGGACAUUAAAGCUUUUCAUUUUGGCGACCAUCCUAUAUGUUAAGCGAUCAAUAUCAUAUCUACUGACCAAGGGGAGCUGGCUUCUUCUUUUGAGUAUUCUGACUGCGGGUUUUGGGGUUCUGCUUAUUACCAUUGAUGGGCCUCAUGAGAAGCAUGUUGAGGAAUUUCUUCAGUACUUUCGGUUUGGACUUUGGUGGGUGGCCCUUGGUGUAGCAUCAUCAAUUGGUUUGGGGUCUGGUUUGCACACAUUUGUGCUAUAUUUGGGACCACAUAUUGCACUGUUUACAAUAAAAGCAAUGAAGUGUGGCCGAGUUGAUCUAAAAAGUGCUCCUUAUGAUACAAUACAAUUGGAUAGAAGUGCUUCAUGGCUUGACAAGAAUUGCUCUGAAUUCGGGCCCCCAAUAUUUCCAGCAGUAGGGGGUUUAAGUGUUCCGCUGAGCAGCAUUCUACCACAGGUUCAGUUGGAAGCAAUUCUAUGGGGCUUUGGAACUGCUCUCGGAGAACUUCCUCCUUAUUUCAUCUCAAGAGCAGCGAGCAUGUCAGGUGCAACAUUAGAUGCCAUGGAGGAACUGAAUGUUUCUUCAACAGAAGACGAAGGAUUUAUUUCCAGACACCUAAAUCAAUUGAAACGCUGGUUCUUUUCACAUGCACAACAUCUGAACUUCUUUUCCAUUCUAGUACUUGCUUCUGUGCCAAAUCCACUGUUUGACCUUGCUGGAAUCAUGUGUGGGCAAUUUGGAAUCCCUUUUUGGAAUUUUUUUCUUGCAACGUUGAUUGGAAAAGCAAUUGUUAAGACUCACAUACAGACAGCGUUUAUCAUCUCUGUUUGCAAUAACCAGCUUCUUGAUUGGAUUGAGAAUGAGUUGAUCUGGGUGCUUGGUUUUGUCCCAGGACUUUCUUCCGUCCUACCUAACCUUAUUAGCAAAUUACAUGCUGUUAAGGAGAAGUACCUUACACCCCCAGCUCCUGUGUCAUCAAGUGACGAGGUGCAGAAGUGGUGGAAUCUCUCAAUUACAUCAGUCUGGAAUACAGUAGUGUGGCUGAUGCUCUUCAACUUCUUUAUCAAGAUUGUAAAUUCAACUGCACAACGGUAUCUUAAGAAGCAGCAGGAGUGCGAAAUGGUAGCAUUAACUAAUAAGUUAGCAGCAAACUCGAAUGGGGAGCCAAAUCCUGAAAGCUUAAUAGGCACUUGAUUCCAAUUUGUUUUUCCUUCUUUGGUCCUGUGUAGGGGAAUUGAACUUGAUGGGCGACCACUUAGAAUUUUUAACCAAUGGAGCCCUUCUUCCUUUCUGUUAUACAUUCAUACGUACACUUCGCAGUUUGCAUAGGCAUGGGGUUAUUCUUUGGCAGUUUGCAUGCCUUGCCUGUGGUUUAUUCGUGGAGUGAAUUAAAUUGGUGGAUUUCGGAACAUGGUCAUCUUCUAAUGUACACCAAUCCAUGCAAAAUUAGUGCAUGUUAUUGUUAGUAUUUAAUUUGAAAUUGAGGUGUAGAAUAAAUUCUAAGCAUUUUAUUAGAAUUAUGAAAUCGAAUAAUGACAGGCAAUGA